AACUAAUGUCGCUAUCAUAGUGCGCUUGGGCUGUGUGACUGGCUGCUAGCUGGAUUUCGCUCCACGUCUGAACUAAAGUAAGGACACAUUUGGAUGCAGGUAAUUAUAAACGGUAUUCACAUUUGAUUGCAUUAACGUGUUCCCUAUACGGCUAUUUUUGAUUAGCUGCAAACGUUAGUUAGCUAGCCACUGACGCGAGUGAGGUAGCUAGCUACGCGUUAGCAAAGAGUAAAUAUGGCUAUUUAGCUAGUUUGAGGCAAUCGACUGUAUGAGGCUAUAACGUUAAUAAUUUUCUCCUGUAGGAUGCCUCUGCCCCCGGCGUUACUGGCUCGCUUAGCCAAAAGAGGGAUUCUUAAGCACUCCGAGCAAGGUAUGGCGACAACAACAACAACAAUAAUUUUUACUCACUACAAAAAUGCUAGCUAGUAGCUAAAAUCUUGGAACUUCCUGUCUCUAGAUGCGGAUGAGGAGAUCAUUGCUGAGGACUAUGAUGACAACAAUGUAGAUUAUGAGGCCACUGCCCGUGAGAAUUUACCUCCCAACUGGUACAAAGUAUUUGACCCUAUUUGGUAAGAACUCACUUUCAGAUUCUCCACUAAACAUGUAGAUUGUACAACACCAAUUGGGUAUGGCUAGUGGACAGCAGCUAUGAUGGAGUGAUUGUUUUUGGUUGUGGACUGACUUUAAGAUUCCAUGUAUUUUGUAUCCUUAGUGGUCUGCCAUACUACUGGAAUGUGGAAUCUGACCUGGUUGCCUGGCUGUCCCCAACCGACCCCACAUCUGUGAUAACCAAAGCUGCCAAGAAGUUAAGGGGUAAGAAGAGUCCUAGCCUGACCAACCAGUAGAGCAGAGACUGUUUCAUGUAUUCCGACUCAAUAUUUAGGAUGGAUUUGAUUCUGACAAUCUUACUAACUCCAAUAUUCUCUGUGUUUCUAUCUUACAGCAGAGGUUGGGGAGGACAGAGGAGAGCGACAAAUUGAGAAGCCAGACAGAGAGAGGGAGCGAGAGAGGGACAAGGAUCGUGAACCAGAAAUGGAGAGAGAAAGAGGGAGGAAUGAUGGGAGGGAAAGAGACAGGCGGAUGCAGAGGAGAGAAGACUUUGCCCCCUACAGCAAGAACAAACGAGGUAAACAUUAAUAACAUUCUUCAGGAGGGACAUUGCAUCUCUUGCUCAAAACAAAUAUUGCAACCAUACCCAAAUCGAAUGAAUUAUGUACACUUGCUAACAGGUUUCUGUAAACUGUAUUUUUCAGGGAGGAAGGAUGAGGAGAUGGACCCAAUGGAUCCCAGUGCUUAUUCUGAUGCUCCCAAGUAAGGCCACUGACCCAAUCAUUCAUCGCUACCUUUCCUUGCACCAUACGCUUAUGUCCAUUGUCAGAAAUCCCUGGCACUCUUUUUCUCCUGCCCUGUAUGUAGGGCUGUGGAGAUCAUCACAUUUUGUCAGCCGGUAACUGUCAUGCAAAUAACUGCCAGUCUCACUAUAAUUGAGCAUUAAUUAACAUAAACACGUUUAGCAUCUCCAGGCUUCAACGCAUAGCCUACAAUCCACUGAUGCGGACCUUUGGAACAUCUACAUUUAAAAAAGUGUAAUGAAUCCAUUUAAUAUAGCCUACACACCACAAUAAAUCCAUUAUUUAUUUUAGGCAGUUCUAAAUAAAUAUUAUGAUAUGAAGAAAAUGUAGCUUAUUUCAGAAGAAUAGAAUAGCAUAUUCUGAGUCAUCCUAAUGUUAGGCCCUGAUCUGGCUAUGCCAUAUGGCUGUGGGCUACACUAGUUCAUUUAGCAGGCAAGAUUUGCUUGUAAUUCCCGUGGCAUUAUUUUAUAGUAAGAACAAUACAAUUAAACAUAGCUGAAUAAAAUAUAAAUAAUAUUUUUCCCAAACGAUUUCCGAGGGAGUGCGCACAUAUAUUGGCAUUCCACAUGAGAAAGGUUGCCGACUCCUUUUGUAACGUAUUACCGGCAACUUCAGGAGAGUAAUGGCAGAAUCUGCGAAAGCCAGCAGGAGCGGGAGGAGAAUAGUUGGGCCAGGUUUUUUUCUUCUGGUUAUCUAGAUCUCUGGCGCUCUCUUGAGGCAUCAAACCGUAAGCUUAACGCAUCAGACAAGCUCAAUGCAUUUAGUUGGUUUUAUUAAAACACAUAGGGUGUGUCUAUAUAUGGAAAAAUAAAAUAAAAAAUUUGCCCAAUCGAUUGGUCGAAAGAACAGACUACUUUCGGUUGACCAAGAUUUUUUUUAGACAGGCCUAAAUUUAAGCAUAUAGGAGGACCUGUUUCAAAUUAUUACUUUAUUAUUCUGUUGAGUGGUUAAUAAAGUGAUAAUUUGAAACAAGUCCUCUUAUAUGCUUAAUGUUAUACCACGGGUAUGACAAAACAUUUAUUUUGACUGUUCUAAAUACGUUUGUAACCAGUUUAUAAUAGCAAUAAGGCACCUCAGGGGUUUGUGGUAUAUGGCCAAUAUACCACAGCUAAGGGCUGUGUCCAGGGACUCCGCAUUGCGUCGUGCGUAAGAUCAGGCCUUAGCCGUGGUAUAUUGGCCAUAUACUACACCCCCCGUGCCUUAUUGCUUUAUUUUAUAGGAAGUAACGGUAAAUGUACUACUGGUGAUAUAUGUAAUGGGGAAUUGAUAUACACUGACAAUCAAACAAAAAAACUAUUCACAGAAUGAAGUUAUGAAACAAUGAGUGUGCACAAAUUGGUGGGAGAGAGCACAUUCUGGAGAGAGAAGUGCAUUGUGCAUCUGGGCGCACGGUCAAUCCGACGUCUGCAUCGGCCAUGCAGCAUUUAUGGUGAUAUGGCCUCAGCAGAAGUCAGGGCAUUCAUACUUCUUGCGCUUCGUGGAGCAGUGCAGAGCUGUUGUCAAGGAAGUGAGUUUGUGUUUAUACAGGAUGUACCGCCCUCACCUACCGUCAACCAAUCAUGUCAAUGGGGAGCUAUACAGAGCCCUCCGCAUUGUUACUACAUUUGGGAGGCGCAUGGCGAUGCGGUACAGAGCUCGAUUUGGCCUCCUCAUGCCUCUGUAGGCUCCGCAAUUGCGCCACAACCUCCAUAUGGAGCCUCCGACCACAUUUUCGAAUCAAGCAUAAAUUGGCUUCAAGUCUAGGCCUCCAGUGGAUUCAUUCACUGAGAUGGGCGCAAAUAUACAGUGCAUUCAGAAAGUAUUCAGACCCUUUGACUUUUUCCACAUUUUGUUACGUUACAGCCUUAUUCUAAAAUUGAUUACAUUUUUAAUCUAUAUACAAUACUCCAUAAUGACAAAGCGAAAACAGAAAUACCUUAUUUACAUAAGUAUUCAGACCCUUUGCUAUGAGACUUGAAAUUGACCUCAGGUGCAUCCUGUUUCCAUUGAUCAUCCUUGAGAUGUUUCUACAAUUUGAUUGGAGUCCACCUGUGGUAAAUUCAGUUGAUUGGAAAAGCACACACCUGUCUAUAUAAGGUCCCAUAAGGUUUGACAGUUCAUGUCAGAGCAAAAACCAAGCCAUGAGGUCGACGGAAUUGUCCGUAGACCCCCGAGACAGGAUUGUGUCGAGGCACAGAUCUGAGGAAAGGUACCAUUGAAGGUCGCCAAGAACACAGUGGCCUCCAUCAUUCUUAAAUGGAAGAAGUUUGGAACCACCAAGACUCUUCCUAGAGCUGGCUGCCUGGCCAAACUGAGCAAUAGGGGGAAAUGGGCCUUGGUCAGGGAGGUGACCAAGAACCUGAUGGUCACUCUAACACAGCUCUAGAGUUCCUCUGUGGAGAUGGGAGAACCUUCCAGAAGGACAACCAUCUCUUCAGCACUCCACCCAUCAGGCCUUUAUGGUAUAGUGGCCAGACGGAAGCCACUCCUCAGUAAAAGGCACAGGACAGCCCGCUUGGAGUGCCAAAAGGCACCUAAAGACUCUUAGACCAUGAUAAACAAGAUUCUCUGGUCUGAUGAAACCAAGAUUCAACUAUUUUGUCUGAAUGCCAAUUGUCACGUCUGGAGGAAACCUGGCACCAUCCCUACAAUGAAGCAUGGUGGUGGCAGCAUCAUGCUGUGGGGAUGUUUUUCAGCAGCAGGGACUGGGAGACUAGUCAGGAUCAAGGGAAAGAUUAACAGAGCAAAGUACAGAGAGAGAUCCUUGAUGAAAACCUGCUCCAGAGCGCUCAGGACCUCAGACUGGGGUGAAGGUUUAACUUCCAACAGGACAACGACCAUAAGCACACAGCCAAGACAACUUAGGAGUGGCUUCGGGACAAGUCUCUGAAUGUCCUUGAGUGGCCCAGCCAGAGCCUGGACUUGAAUCCUAUCAAACAUCUCUGGAGAGACCUGAAAAUAGCUGUGCAGUGACGCCCCCCAUCCAACCUGACAGGGCUUGAGAGGAUCUGCAGAGAAGAAUGGGAGAAACUCCCCAAAUACAGGUAUGCCAAGCUUGUAGAGUCAUACCCAAGAAGACUCAAGGCUGUAAUCGCUGCCAAAGGUGCUUCAACAAUGUACUGAGUAACGGGUCUAAAUACUUAUGUAAAUGUGAUAUUUCCGUUUUUUAUUUUGAAUACAUUUGCAAAAAUUUCAAAACCUUUUGUGUGUAUGUAGAUUGAUGAGGGAGGGAAAAAAACAAUUUCAUUCAUUUGAGAAUAAAGCAGUAACAUAACAAAAUGUGGAAAAAGUAAAGGGGUCUGAAUACUUUCCGAAUGCACUGUAUGUGUGGAAUAAUUUAUUUAGAAUGGCUUACAAAAAAAAACGUAUUUUCCAUAGCCUGUACUUGAGACAUCAUCUGUAUGCACUUGAAUAGCGAAUGGAGGACGCUUCUCCUGUGGUUCAUUUUCAUGCCAGCCAGGGAGGCUAUACUCCGGUUGUAACGCGAAGCAAUGUGCUUAAUAUUAAGAAAGUUGAGAAAUAAAUAUAGUAGGCCUAGCCUAUAGAACGCUGAUGGGAUCCUCUUUUUAAGAGGCCAUCAACUCUGUUUUCUCACGCAAUUGCAUACCAUGUAGAAAAAUUGCGCAACAUGGGCUAUAGAAAAUGCAUUUAAUUCCAUGCAUCAACCAGCUAUAAGGAGCUGGCUCUCGCUGCAGAACAGGUGAUGCUAUUCCGCUCACUCUGAAUGCCAUGGCUCUCAUGAAGUGUUUGAUUUGAUAUUAACUUGUAUUUUCAGUGACGUCAGUGAUUAGAGGGACAAUAGAGCGCUGAGUACCAGGCCAUUAGCAAGUUUGGUAGACUACUAAUGACCAUCAGCGGCAUUCAGAGUGCAGUGUUGAAGAAGCCUAGUUACCGUGUCAACGGUCACAACUUGUGACUGUCAGUAACACGGUCACGGUAACAGCCCUUCUGCAUGUAUCUAAAAUGUAUUUUUCUCCACACAGGGGCAAUUGGUCCACUGGCUUGCCCAAGCGUAAUGAGGCGAAGACGGGGGCAGACACCACGGCAGCAGGGCCUCUGUUCCAACAGCGGCCGUACCCCAGCCCUGGAGCUGUACUCAGGGCCAAUGCAGCCAAUAAAAAGCCCCCCAGUGAUGACGACGACGAC